AUGGUCCCUAAGGAAGACCUUCAGUAUGAUGGGAUUCUCCAUCUGCUUCUGCACUUCAGGUGGACGUGGAUUGGGACCGUUGUUAUGGAUACUGACAAUGGAGAAAGAUUUGUGCAAACUGUGCUUCCAACGUUUCCCCAGAAAGGUGUCUGUCUUGCCUUCAUAGAAAGAAUCCCCAUUCCAACUUUUAUCCCAGAGGUUAACAGCAUGGUGGAUCGUGGAAAAGAAAUAAAUGAUAAAAUAAGAAACAGCAAAGCCAACGCAAUUGUGGCUUGUGGGGAAUCUUAUUCCUUGCCAUUUUUUAGAUGGUUGUCAUUUCUGUCAGGUGUAGACCACAUGGCAAAGAAACCCAAAGGCAAAGUGUGGAUAACAACAGCCCAGAUAGAGCUCAAUUCAUUCUCCUAUCAAAGGAAUUGGGAUAUAGAAACUUUCAAUGGUGCAAUAGCCUUCUCAUAUCAGUACAAUGAUGUGCCAGGAUUUCACCAGUUCACUGAGGGCAGAAACCCUUUCAGCACUUCUAGAGAUGGUUUCAUCAGGGACUUCUGGCAACAAGCUUUUGAUUGUGCAUUUCCAAAUACAACAGUGGGUGAGGUUCCUGAGAAUAUUUGCACAGGAGAGGAGAAGCUGGCGGACCUUCCGUCCAUCUAUUUUGAAAUGAGCAUGACUGGCCAUAGCUACAGUGUCUACAAUGCUGUUUAUGCUGUAGCUCAUGCAUUACAUGCCAUGUCUUCUUCAAGACUGAAAAACAUAGCAAUGCUGGAUGAAGGGGAUCUGAAGCUUCAGAAUCAACCAUAUUGGAAGCUCCAUCACUUUCUGAGACAUAUCUCAUUUAACAACAGUGCUGGACAGAAGAUUUCCUUUGACCAAGAUGGGAAGUUAAUAGCUGGAUUUGAUAUCAUCAACUAUUUAUGUGGUUCAAAUAUAUCUAAAGUAAAGAUUGGAAAGGUUGAUCCUAGGGCCUCUUCAGAACAAGUAUUAACCAUCAAUGAGAAUGCCAUCACAUGGGACAACUGGUUUAACCAGACACAACCUAUUUCUGAAUGUGUGGAAAGAUGCCGUCCAGGUUCUAGCAAGAAAGUGAAGGAAGGGAAGCCAUUUUGCUGCUAUGAUUGCAUCUCAUGUCCAGAAGGAAAGAUUUCACAUGAGGAGGACAUGGGUGACUGCUUUAAGUGCCCAGGUGAACAUUAUCCAAACAAAAACCAGGAUGCAUGUAUCCCCAAGGAAAUAAAUUUCUUGUCUUAUGAAGAACUAUUGGGGGUCAGUUUAGCCUCUUUUUCUCUCUUCUCUUCAAUUAUCACAGCUCUCGUACUAGGAAUCUUUAUAAAGCACCAUGACACUCCCAUUGUCAAAGCCAACAACCGGGACUUGACCUACACUCUCCUCCUCUCCCUCCUGCUCUGCUUUCUUUCUGCCUUGCUAUUCAUUGGUGAACCUCAGAAGGUGACAUGUCUCCUUCGGCAAACUGCUUUUGGCAUCAUCUUCUCAGUGGCUGUUUCUUCAGUGUUGGCAAAGACUAUCACCGUGGUUCUGGCUUUUAUGGCCACCAGACCAGGAUCAAUAAUGAGAAAAUGGGUGGGAAAAGGACUGGCCUAUUCUGUUGUCUUUUUCUGCUCCUUUAUUCAAGCAGGCAUCUGUACUAUGUGGCUGGCAACUUAUCCCCCAUUCCCAGAUGUUGACAUGCACUCAAUGACAGAAGAAAUCAUACUAGAAUGCAAUGAGGGGUCUGUGGUAAUGUUCUACUCAGUCAUUGGCUACAUGGGCUUCCUGGCCAUGGUCAGUUUCACAGUAGCUUUCUUUGCCAGGAAGUUACCUAACAGUUUCAAUGAAGCCAAGUUCAUUACUUUUAGCAUGUUGGUCUUCUGCAGUGUUUGGUUAUCCUUCAUUCCUUCUUAUAUGAGCACCAAAGGAAAAUACAUGGUGGCUGUGGAGGUUUUCUGUAUCUUAGCAUCCAGUGCUGGGUUGCUGGGCUGUAUCUUUUCCCCAAAAUGUUAUCUAAUUUUGUUGAGGCCAGAGCUGAACAAUAGGGAACAGCUAAUAAGACAAAAUAUUUGUUGA